AAUACCAUCCAUGAAACUACGCAACUGCUUUGCUUCUGCCAACAGGUGCGUUCAGCUGUCCUGGUAUCCCUGCUGCUAGUGUUCCCUGCCUCUGUCCUCGCCUCUUGGGACGGAAAUGAAAUCCCUCCGUCCCUGCCUUCCUCCUCAGAAUCCUCUCCUGCGACCUCCCUCGCGGGAGCCCAGACCGCAAACAAGCGCAGCAUAUCCUUCGACUCGUGCACGGGCGUCUACGACCGCGAACUCCUUGUAAGGCUCGACCGCGUGUGCGAAGACUGCUACAACCUGUACCGCGACACCGACGUGGCGGUCGAAUGCAGGAGCAACUGUUUCCACAACGAGGUAUUCCUGUACUGCGUCGACUACAUGUACCGGCCUCGCCAAAGGAACCAGUACCGGGCCGCCCUGCAGAGGCUCGGCAAGUAGGCGCUUCCUCUCCGGCCACACCUUCUACGGCGACGCUCG